CAGAGUUUAGAGUCGUUUUAAAAGUAACACAAUGAAAGACUAAAGCAAUAAUGCCAUGGUUAAUCAUUAUUUGAGUUUACCAAAAUUGGAUUUGUGCCAUUCGAGAAUUUUGUUCAUAAUUGUUACUUGGAUGGUUUUUCCUAGAAUCUAUGAUUUGGAGAGGUUCGAGUGAUGGGAAUGAGUGGAUCCAGGAUUAAUCCCUGUUGGGUUCCCCAUGCUUUCUUGUUUCUCAUUGUUGUUUUAGGGUUGCCAUCGCGCAUUCAAUGCGUGGACGGGGAUGACUACAGUCGGACCGGUAACCUGGCUGCGCUUCCAGUCGUGACACAGCUCAUCUAUGGUCGGCUUUCGAAUCUCACUACAGUUUUCCGCAAAGAUAUCGAAGAAAAAUUCGGAUUCUGCAUAAAGGAUGCGAAUCUCGAUUGGAAUGGUGCAUUUGAUUUCACAGGGAAGUUAGAUUUCUUGACUAACUGUAUCAAGAAGACAAAAGGAGAUCUCACGCAGAGACUAUGUACAGCAGCAGAAAUAAAAUUCUACUUCAGAAAUAUAUUCGAGAGACAGGCAGCAGAUGACAAUUACUUAAAACCUAACAGGAAUUGCAAUUUGACUUCAUGGGUUUCCGGAUGUGAGCCAGGUUGGGGUUGUAGUGUUGGCCAAGACCAGAAGAUUGACCUCAGAAAUUUAAAAAGCAUGCCUGCUUCCAGAACUCACGACUGUCAACCUUGUUGCGAGGGUUUCUUCUGCCCCCAGGGUAUUACUUGCAUGAUACCUUGCCCAUUAGGUUCUUAUUGUCCACGUGCAAAACUGAAUAAAACAACUGGAAUCUGUGAUCCAUACAGCUACCAAAUACCUCCUGGAAAACGCAACCAUACUUGUGGUGGUGCUGAUAUUUGGGCUGAUGUUGGAAGAAGCAGUGAAAUUUUCUGUUCCCCAGGAUCAUACUGUCCACAUACCACACGUAAACUUCCUUGCAGGAGUGGACAUUACUGCAGGAUGGGAUCCACUUCUGCAAAACGGUGCUUGAAAUUCACCUCCUGUAAUCCAAAUACAGAAAACCAAAAUAUUCAUGCUUAUGGAAUCGUACUUAUUGCUGCAUUGAGUACUCUGCUGCUCAUUAUAUACAACUGUUCUGAUCAAGUUCUCACUCUUCGAGAAAGAAGACAGGCUAAAUCUAGGGAAGCUGCGGCCAGACAUGCACGAGAAACUGCACAAGCACGACAAAGGUGGAUAUCUGCAAAAAAUGUUGCCAAGAAGCGUGCAGGGGGGUUGCAAGAACAGCUAUCCCGCACGUUUUCUCGUAAAAAAUCUGCAAGGCAGUCAGAGCAGCUGAAGAUCUUGGGUCAUGCUAAACCUGGAACAGAUGGUGCUCUGUUGCCACCUUUGCCUCCAGGUUCUUCAAGCACAUCUAAGCAAUCAGCUUCAGCGUCCAAAGCAAAGAAAAAGGAACCAAGCAACCUCACAAAAAUGUUGCAUUCCCUUGAGGAAGAUCCAGAUAGUCAUGACGGCUUUAAUCUGGAGAUUGGGGACAAAAAUAUGAAAAAGAAUAUGCCAAAAGGUAAGCAAAUGCAUACUCACAGCCAAAUUUUUAAGUAUGCAUAUGGUCAACUGGAGAAGGAGAAAGCUAUGCAACAGCAAAACAAGGACUUGACAUUCUCAGGAGUAAUUUCAAUGGCUACUGGUGGUGAAAUCAGGACGAGGCCUGUGAUUGAGGUGGCAUUCAAAGAUCUAACUCUUACUUUAAAAGGGAAAAACAAACAUUUGCUUAGGUGUGUUAGUGGGAAAUUAAUGCCCGGUCGAGUUUCAGCUGUCAUGGGUCCAUCUGGGGCAGGAAAAACGACAUUUCUUUCUGCUUUGGCUGGAAAAGUGACUGGAUGCACCAUGACAGGUUUAAUUCUUAUAAAUGGAAAAGUUGAAUCCAUGGAUUCUUAUAAAAAGAUUAUUGGUUUUGUGCCACAAGAUGACAUUGUGCAUGGGAACUUGACAGUGGAGGAGAAUCUCCGAUUCAGUGCAAGGUGCAGAUUAUCUGCCGACAUGCCCAGACCUGAUAAGGUUCUGGUUGUUGAAAGAGUCAUUGAGUGCUUGGGACUUCAGGCAGUGAGGGAUUCCCUGGUUGGAACAGUGGAGAAGCGAGGAAUCUCUGGAGGCCAGAGGAAGCGUGUAAAUGUUGGUCUAGAGAUGGUCAUGGAACCUUCGUUGUUGAUCUUAGAUGAGCCCACAACUGGUCUGGACAGUUCAUCUUCUCAGCUACUUCUUAGAGCACUUCGACGCGAAGCUCUUGAAGGGGUAAACAUCUGCAUGGUAGUUCACCAACCAAGCUAUGCUUUGUUCAAGAUGUUUGAUGAUUUAAUACUGUUAGCCAAAGGUGGUCUUACUGCGUAUCAUGGAUCUGCAAAGAAAGUUGAAGAAUACUUUGUUGGCCUUGGGAUCACCGUACCAGAGCGUGUUAAUCCUCCAGACCACUUCAUUAACAUUUUGGAAGGUAUAGUGAAACCAAGCUCGAGUGUGACUCGUGAACAGCUUCCUGUUAGAUGGAUGCUUCACAAUGGUUACACAAUACCCCCAGAUAUGAUGCAAUAUGCUGAAGGACUCGCCACACCCUCAACUGGCUCAAAUCCUAGUGAUGGAGCUACUGAACAAUCUUUUGCUGGAGAUUUAUGGCAGGAUGUGAUGUCUAAUGUUGAGCUAAAACGAGAUCAUAUACAACAUAACUUCUUAAAGUCCAAGGACUUAUCCAAUCGAAGAACUCCUGGUGUAGCCUGGCAAUACAGAUACUUCAUUGGGAGGGUUGGUAAGCAGCGGCUACGAGAAGGUAGAUUACAAGCAGCUGAUUAUCUGAUUUUAUUACUUGCUGGAGUCUCCCUGGGAACUCUUGCUAAAGUGGGCGAUGAAACAUUUGGGUCUCUCGGCUAUACUUAUACCGUCAUUGCUGUUUCACUACUAUGCAAGAUUUCGGCAUUGAGAACAUUUUCUCUGGACAAAUUACACUACUGGAGAGAGAGUGCAUCUGGAAUGAGCAGUCUGGCCCAUUUUCUCUCCAAAGAUGCAGUUGAUCUUUUCAAUAUAGUUAUCAAGCCUUUGGUUUAUCUAUCCAUGUUCUAUUUCUUCGGCAAUCCAAGAUCAUCCUUUGCAGACAAUUACAUUGUUUUGCUUUGCCUCGUUUACUGUGUGACUGGCAUAGCUUAUGUACUUGCCAUCUAUCUAGAACCUAGUCCUGCCCAACUGUUGUCAGUGCUUCUUCCUGUUGUUUUGACUCUUAUUGCAUCCCAGGACAAAGAAAGUGGUCCUGUCAAGUAUCUAGGAAAUUUGUGCUAUACUAAGUGGGCUUUAGAAGCUUUUAUCAUUGCAAAUGCUGAAAGGUAUUCUGGGGUGUGGCUGAUAACUCGAUGCAAUUCAUUGAUGCAAAGUGGCUAUGAUCUUCAUGAUUGGUCUCUUUGUCUAUUCCUCCUCAUUUUUACUGGUGUAGUUAGUCGUGUCCUGGCAUUCUUUUGUAUGGUAACCUUUCAAAAGAAGUGACUUUGGACAUUCUUUUUUUGCUGGUUUCCUAGUGUACAAAUUAUACAAGUCUAAUUUUGGUACCCUUGUAUCAUAGAGCCUCAGAAGGGAUCCAAUCACUGCAAGUGAGAAAAAAAUAUUCCCUCUUGCAAUUAACUAGUAAUGUAAAUCAAGUCUCAUGACCCAGUUUAGGACUUGUGGUCAUUUCCUCUUGUCAAUUAGCAUGUCUAUUUUAGCUGAGUAGAGAACUGGCAUGAAAAGAAAAUUUUUUGUUUUAAUUUAUGCCUUUUGUGGUGUCUAUGGAGGGAAAUGAACGACAAAAGUUUUGAGGGCCAUGAGAAAACUUUGGAGGAGAUUAAAAAAUCUUUAUUUUUCAAUACCUUGUAUAUUUGGACAACUACUUUUGUUUCUCAUUCAAUGAUUAUUUAUCAUGAUUUCCUAUUUCA